AUGUCGGACUCUAUAGGACAUUUCGACCCGGCGAAAGAAGAUAUCGGUUCGUGGUUUUGCCGUUUUGAGGAAUUUCUUCUUACCAAAGACAUAAUAGAGCCAGUGGCCGGAGCGGAUGCAGCGACGCAUGCCGCUGCGCUAACAACAUACAACAACAAAAAAAGGGCGUGGCUCAACAGGUUGCUAGGCCCUACAGCACACCAUGUGUUAGUGAUUGCGUGUGCACCGGAUUUGCCGACUGCCAAAUCUUUUACGGACUUGAAGAACAUUCUAGUUACUCAUUAUCGGCCUACCCGCAAUAAAAACGACGAGCGGGAUACGUACUUUAACCGAGUUCAAAAGCCAAAUGAGACUGUGAGCGAGUUUGCGCUAGGUCUACGAAGCCUAGCCCGAUAUUGCGAAUUCGGUGAUAUACUCGAUUCUUUUUUACAAUCGCAAUUUAUCAAUAAACUGUGGGAUUCGCGAGUGAAAGACAAAGUGAGGGAUGGUGCCGUGAACUUCACUACCCUAGUGGCGAACGCUGCUAAACACGAGUCGGAUCUCAGACCAGAAAAUCCAACGCCCGCAGAUGUCAAUUACGUUCGACAUAAUCCACAGCGGAGAAGGAAGUGGAAACCGCCUCAACAGGGAAGCUUCCAGAACCGUAGAACGCCGAGAGACUCCGGGAGACCUACGCCGCCGAGCACCGCGUCAUCGGGGAGCUCUGGGGGUGCCGGGCAGAAGGUCAACGCCCGGUGUUUUAACUGUAAUGACAUGGGUCAUUUUUCCAGGGAUUGCCCGCGUAAACGCCGACAGCGGAAGGUGAUGAAUGUUGAGGACACCACGGAGGAGCUGUCCCACCUAGAUCUGAGCCUAGUGGAGACUCCGUUGCCCGUGUUAGCAGUGUCGCCGUCUGCUUUUCCGGAGAGACUUCUGAUCGACGUCAAAGUCAACAAUGUCCAGAUGAAAAUGGAAAUCGAUACGGGGGCGAAAGCGUCCGUUAUCGGCCGCUCAACGUAUCUACAGCAUUUCGCAGAAGCACCGUUACGUCCUACCAGAGCCUUGACCUGGGGGGCGCCGAUGAGGAUGCUUGGCCAGUUCGACGCGAAGGUGUCGGUUGGGGAGCAGACUGCGACAGUGCCUCUAUCGGUAGUUGAUCGAGACUUUCCGUCGCUUUUCGGGUUGCCGUGGUUACAGCAUUUCAAGUCCUUGCCGUUUCGACGGCGUCGCCCACGCCGUACCCGCGCGCGCCGCCUCAACCUUGCCGUCCACGGCCGCUACCGCGUCGACCGUGACAACCGCGAGACUGCCGUCGACGCCUGCGACGACAUCGCGUUCGGGAUUCGUGGUCCACCUUCGCCUGAGGGAAGGGGCCGUGCCGGUGUUCCUGGGUCCGCGACCGAUACCAAUCGCUCGAGCAGCAGCGACCCAGAAAGCUUUGGAGAAGCUGGUAUCAUGCAACUUUCUGGUGCCGUGUACCGCAGGUCCUUGAGGUACGCCGAUACUGGACGUUCGACGCCGACGAUAGACAUGCUGUCACUCGUCGAAGGGGAGAUCUUUUGUCUAUUGGAUAUGGACCAAGCGUAUCUACAAGCGCCAUUGAGCCCGGAGUCCCAGGAGAUGACAAAAAUAAACACGCCGUUCGGGAGCUUCAAGUGGCUCCGGAUGCCGUUUGGAAUCGCAUCGGGGCCAAGCGAAUUUCAAGAAAUUAUUACGACCAUUCUCGCCAACAUCCAGAACAUAUUCAUCUACCUGGAUGAUAUCUUGCUUUGGGGAUCGACGAGAGAAACUUGCCUGAAAACUCUUGAAGAAGUCCUCGCCCGACUGGAAAAACACAAUAUCAGGUUAAAUGUAAAAAAGUGCAAGCUCCUGGUGUCCGAAGUGAAGUACCUGGGUUUUCAACUCAAUCGUUUCGGAAGCCGCCCUGAUCCGCAGAGGAUUGAAGAAUUGAAGCAGAUGCCCCUACCGCAAAACCAGUACGCCCCGCACCUUGCAAAGAUCCUGUACCCAUUUCAUCGUCUAGUCAAGAGCGCCGACCGGAAGUGGGAAGACGUGGAGCAGAAGGCCUACGAUAAGGCCCUAUCGGCUAUCGGAAGUCAGAUCUUAGUGCCGUAUUCACUAAAUAAGAGACUCCGGUUAACCACGGAUGCGAGUCCGGUAGGCGCCGGUUGCGUGCUCAGUCACGUGACGGAAGAUGAACGAGAGCAGCCAGUCGCUUUUGCAAGUAAGACGUUUACAGACGCCGAGAAGAAUUAUCCUGUGCACGAGAGAGAGGCCGCCGCGAUGAUUUUCGGACUGAAAAAGUUCAACACUUUCCUCGAAGGAAGGGAGUUCGAGCUGGUGACGGACAACGCCGCGCUGGUGGCACUGUUCGGCGACAAGAGCAAACUGCGCGCCUACGCCGCACAACGACUACGCCGUUGGGGGCUGAUGUUGGGUGCGCAUCGCUACACCAUCGUCCGACAUCGCAGCAAAGAUAUUCCGCACGCCGACUACCUUAGCCGACACCCCUGCGCCGAUGACACCCCGGUCGAGUCGGAGGUCUACUGGGUCAUGUCGACCGAAGAAAACAUCUUGGUGUCCGCAGAAGAGGUGGCAUCCGCGACAGCAGCCGAUCCGGUGUUGCGCCGAGUUAGAGGGUACGUGCAGGAGGGAUGGCCUGAUCGAGUCACCGACGAAGACUUGAAGCCUUACCAUAGAAGAUACUUGCAACUGACCGUCGAAAACGGCUGCGUGCUCUGGGGAGUCCGCGUCGUCAUGCCAGCCACCCUACGAUCCAGGGUCCUCGAGUUGCUGCACGAAACUCACCCAGGGGUCACACGGAUGACGGCGCUAGCGAGAGGUUACGUGUGGUAUCCUUACCUAGACGCCGACAUUGAACAGAAGGUGCGAGAUUGUGCCGUCUGCCGCACGCUCCAAGUGGAAAAGCCGCACGAACAGCUGGUCCCUUGGUCCUGGCCAACUCGCCGUUGGCAGAGAGUGUAUAUCGACUUCGCGGAUUACCGAGGUGCCGUGCUACUGCUGGGCCAGGAUGGCCAUUCCAAGUGGCCGGAAGUGCAAAUCCUUCCAAAUAAAACGGCCGCUACAACUGUGGAAGCCCUACGAACUUGGUUCGCCCGAUGGGGACUCCCCGAAGAGGUUGUGGCCGACAACGGGCCGCCGUUUGCGUCAAACGAAUUCAAAACGUUUCUCGAAGCCCACGGAGUUACGUUGACGCAUUCCCCGUCUUUCCACCCCGCCAGCAAUGGCCAGAUAGAGAGGAGCGUCCAGUCCGUCAAGGCCUGCUUAGAAAAACAACUGCUUGACAACGCGUCGUCUGCGCGCUCUUUGCAACACAAAAUAGAUUCCUGGUUGUUCGCGUACCGAAACACAUCGCACUCCGUCACAAAGGUCACUCCAGCUGAGCUUUUCCUCGGGCGCCGUCCUAGGACGAAGCUGUCUCUGGUCAAACCGGAUCAGAUUCUAAAGAAGAGGAUGGCCCGUGUGGGAGAGAAGACCAAGCAAGACAAUCCGGGGUCAACAUCCGUUUUCCGUCCCGGAGAUUUGGUGUGGGUCCGGUCCGUGGUCCAUCGCCGGAUACUGUGGUUGAGAGGAACAGUUGAGGCACCCGUUUCCCUCGUCAGCUACGAGGUGGCCGUCAACGGAAAGGUACGGCAUGUGUCGACUACUCACCUUUCACCUCGCUCUCCGUCGGCUACGAGCUUCGAAGGGGACCCGGUGGCGCGACUUUUCGCGCCGCCUGUUCCGGAGACGUCUAUUCCUGACGCCCCCGUGGUGCCCGUCCCGGGGCUGCCCGCGCCUGAAGAGCCUUCGGUGGUGCGUCCGUCUUCGCCGCCGCCGGGCCCGCCGCUCGAGACGACCCCGCGAGUUCCCGAGGCAGCCGAGUCGCCAGUGGUGCCGCAACCUGUGAUACCCUCCUCAUCGAGAACCACUACGCCCCGAGCUGAGGGUCCGUCGACGAGCCUUGCGUCACCUCCGAGACGCCUGACGUCCAUGUCGACGCCUACCAGGUCGACGACGACGUUCCCUAGUUCUAUGCCGCCCCACGUCUCCCGAGCUGGAAGACGUAUCGUGAUGCCAAAGCAUCUGUCUGAUUUUGUUCCAAAAUAG